CGUUGUAUUGGAGCGCCCCAACCAAUCAACUUAGGUAGCGGCGGAAUCCCAAUGAGCUGCUGUCCAGCUGGGGGUUGCCUGUGAGCGGAAACGACUUUGUUGCCUCGAAGGAGCGAAAUGGGAGUGAAGCUGGAGGUGUUUCGGAUGACUCUCUAUCUCACGUUUCCUGUGGCUAUGUUCUGGGUUGCCAAUCAGGCCGAGUGGUUUGAGGACUAUGUCAUACAGCGCAAGAGGGAGCUAUGGCCACCUGAGAAGGAGGACCAGCGCCAAGAGCUAGAAGAAUUCAAAGAGAGGAUACGGAAGCAACGGGAGGAGAAACUGCUACGAGCUGCCCAGCAGAGGUCCUGAGGCCUCUGAGUCUUAACCCCCCUACCUGUGAAAUAAUACACACUCAGUUCCUUGUUGCGUGUGGGAGUGUUUUAUUGUCU